GUGUCACAAAUUAUAAUUUUAUAUUUAUUUCCAGGGAACACGAUAAAGAUCCAGAGAGUUUUUUUAAGGUAUUAAUGCAUCUGAAGGACUUAGGACUCAAUUUCCAUGUAUCUGUCCUUGGAGAAACCUUCACAGAUGUCCCAGAUAUAUUUUCAGAGUCCAAAAAGGCAUUGGGAUCGUCUGUCUUACAUUGGGGCUACUUACCCAGCAAAGAUGACUAUUUCCAAGUACUGUGCAUGGCUGAUGUUGUCAUCUCAACAGCUAAGCAUGAAUUCUUUGGAGUGGCAAUGUUGGAAGCUGUGUAUUGUGGUUGUUACCCACUUUGUCCCAAAGAUUUGGUUUAUCCUGAAAUAUUUCCAGCUGAAUAUCUGUAUUCUACACCUGAACAGCUUUCAAAAAGGCUCCAGAAUUUCUGCAAGAGACCAGAUAUUGUAAGAAAACAUCUCUAUAAGGUAGUUAUUGAGAAGAGAUUUACGUAGUAUAAAUGCCAUAUUGAAGUACAAAGAAAA